AUCACGAAAGACAAAACACCAAGCCCUGACGAUAAGGCCGAAAAACCAGAACCACUUACUGUGUCUAAAAAACCCACUGUUGAUGAACUUGUCAAAGAGAAAACACCAAGCCCUGUCGAUAAGGCCGAAAAACCAGAACCACUUACUGUGUCUGAAAAGCCCACUGUUGAUGAAAUCACAAAAGAUAAAACCCCAAGCCCUGUUGACAAGGCCGAAAAACCAGAACCACUUACUGAGUCUGAAAAGCCCACUGUUGAUGAACUUGUCAAAGAGAAAACACCAAGUCCGACGGACAAAGAGGUAAAGGCCGAAAAACCGGAAUCACUUACAGUGUCUGAAAAGCCCAUUGUUGACGAAAUCUUAAAAGACAAAACCCCAAGCUCUGUCGAUAAGACCGAAAAACUAGAACCACUUACUGUAUCUGAAAAACCCCCUGUUGAUGAACUUGUCAAAGAGAAAACACCAAGUCCGAUGGACAAGGAGAUUAAGGCCGAAAAACCGGAACCGCUUACUUUGUCUGAAAAGACCACU